GAGCGUGAAGGUGAGGACCUCCACUUCAAGCCCUGGUACCCCAGCCACCCAGCCCACCCUGUCAGACCUUACGCCCCAGAGGAAAGGGCCUCGGCUGGGAUCGAUGACCAGGUGGUGCCUUCCAAGGCUCCAUCCCCGGACCCCUUAGAAACCCUGGGCGACAUCCACACCCGCACCCACCAGCUCCAGGACGACCCCACCUCCUACUUCGUCCGCACUAAAGCCGGAGCCCUCUGCUUCCGCCAGGGGACGGAGGUCGCCACCCCCAGGGAUGACGCGGCACGGCCCGGGGGGCCUACUGUGACUGGUACUGGGUUAGGAUCUCGAGCAGGCUCCCCUGGGCAACGUAAGCCCCUGGUGGUCCUGAACCAAUCCCACCAACAACCACUCCAUCCGUCGUCCUCCGGCACCUCCAUGCCUCCCAAGGCCAAAUCAAGAGGACGAGGAGGCAAACGACUGGUAAAAUGUGUGUGUCGGCCGGGGUGGCACGGGCCCUACUGUGGGGUACCUACCAUGGUCUACCACUCUAACCUGCCCACUAAGGAGAGACUGACGCCCAGAGAGAGACCCAGGAGGGUGAUCAAUGCCAUCAACGUGAACCAUGAGUUUGAUCUUCUCCACGUGAGGUUCCACGAGUUGGCCCAGGCUGUGGAUCUGUUCCUGGUGUGUGAGUCUAACUUCACCGCCUACGGAGAGAGACGACCACUACGGUUCCUGCGUCUCCUCCUGAACGGAACCUACGACUACGUGCGCCACAAAAUCCUCUACGUUUUCCUAGACCACUUUCCCGACGGCGGGCGCCAGGACGGCUGGAUCGCAGAUGACUACCUCCGUACCUACCUGACCCGCGACGGCAUGGCCAGGGUGACCGGAUCACGCCCCGACGACGUCUUCGUCAUCAACGAUGCCGACGAGAUCCCCGCCCGUGAGGGACCUUUCCUCAAGCUGUUCGACGGGUGGACGGAACCGUUCGCCAUCCACAUGAGGAAGUCGCUCUACGGGUUCUUCUGGAAGCAGCUGGGGUCGUUGGAGGUCGUGUCGGGGUGCACAGUCGGAAUGCUCCGAGACGUCUAUGAUGCCGAUGGGAUACGUCUCCGGCGCCGGGAAUACUACACCAUGCCCGGUUUCAGGAAGUACGAGAACGACACGGGUCACAUCCUGGUCCAGUGGGCCGUUGGAAGCCCCUUCCACUUUGCUGGGUGGCACUGUUCUUGGUGCUUUAGCCCUGAGGGCAUCUAUUUUAAGCUGAUCUCGGCCCAGAACGGGGACUUCCCGCGUUGGGGCGACUACGAGGACAAACGGGAUCUAAAUUAUAUCCGGGACCUGAUCCGGACGGGGGGUUGGUUCGAUGGAUCGGUGCAGGAGUACCCCCCCUCGGACCCCAAAGAGCACAUGUACGCCCCAAAGUAUAUGUUGGAGAAUUAUGAGAAGUACCUGUACCUUCUGGAGAACCCGUAUGUCAAACAUGAUAAAAUGAUUGAGGGGUAACGAAUUCGGGAGGGGUGGAGAAUUGAAGGAAGUGAAUGGGUAAGGAAGGAGGGCCCCUGGGACUCACAAGGGGGGGACAUGGAAACAAAAUUAGCACUCUUCAUGGGUGAAGGAUGCAGAAGGAAAGAAAGCCUUAGCACUGAGGGGGAAGGAUACAGAAAGAAGGAAAGCCUUAGCACUGAUGGGGAAGGAUACAGACGGAAGGAAAGCCUUAGCACUGAGGGGGAAGGAUACAGAAAGAAGGAAAGCCUUAGCACUGAUGGGGAAGGAUACAGAAGGAAGGAAAACACUGACGUUGGAAGGAGACCUAACACAAGCUCCAACAAGUCCUUAUUUUUGGGUAAAAGGGAACAUUGGAACAGCUUUGAGGGGAAAUGCCCACUGACUACUGACAAAAUAGUCCUCCCUAGAAACACUCUCUAUAUCAACCUCUGAGCCUCACCUACUACUUUCCUAGUUCUGACUGACAGACAGGCCUUUAUGCUGGGUUGGUACGGUGGGGGCAGAGGGACAAAACAGGCGAAUCGCAGACCUGUGGAAAAAGGAAGCAAAAGAUGACAUUUUUGUUUCUGUUGAUGUUUACUUCAUCAUAUCGUCAUAGCGACACAGACACUCCCUCAUCCCGUCGCGGAAUUCUCACUGUUGGAUACCUUCCUGUUGUGUUUUUAGUGACCCCCUGCUAACACACACACACACACACACACACACACACACACACACACACACACACACACACACACACACACACACACACACACACACACACACACACACACACACACACACACACACACACACACACACACACACACACACACACACGUUCUCCUCUCAUCAUAUGUGAGUUAGAUAUAGUGCAGUCUACAGUGUAUUGCUUUCCUAUGGUUAAUAUUCUUGCUUGCAAAUGAACUGACAAGAAAAAAGGCUGAAUCGUUGUAGAAACUCUCAGUUAACUUUACACACAUGGAAUGGGACUUCUGCUUCUGUUGCUGCAAACCACUAACACUCUGUGUGUGUGUGUGUGUGUGUGUGUGUGUGUGUGUGUGUGUGUGUGUGUGUGUGUGUGUGUGUGUGUGUGUGUGUGUGUGUGUGUGUGUGUGUGUGUGUGUGUGUGUGUGUGUGUGUGUGUGUGUGUGUGUGUGUGUGUGUGUGUGUGUGUGUGUGUUUUUAGGUGUUAAUCUGUGUGCAUGCGCGCACGUGUGCACUGGGGUGUGCUAUCCUGAAAGGUCAGAACACAAUAUGUGUGUGUGUGUAUAACUGGGUGACAAGACAGACAGACAGACAGCUCUGAAUGAAUGAUGAAGUGAUGUCGUCUUCAUAGCCUUUUGUACAGCACAGCAGAAGGUGUAUUGUUGUUCUAUGUGGCCUAUAAAGACAAAGAUUUAAACAAAAAAUACUGGUUGACUCUCUCUUCCUCUCUUUCGGUUUCUCUCCCUUGCCUUCUGUACUGCAUCCUUCUCUCUCCAUCUCCCUCCCCUCGGUCCCUCUCUCUCUCUCUCUCCCUUGCCUUCUCUACUGCAUCCUUCUC